CAGUGUUCGGAGCACAGUCUACUUGUCAUAGUCCUUUUGUGGACUCCGCUUCCGCUACGUAUAACGUGAAACGUGAAACCCUGUAGCCACGUGCAAAUAUGUGAAUAAUGUGUUCAUAUCACUUAGAAUAAUACGCAUUUAAAAGUAUAAGUGAAUGCGUACGCGGUGGUUGGUAAAAAGUUUAAGCACGAGUGAAUAAAAAAGAUGUCUGUGGUUUCUUCAAGAAUUAGCAGUGUGUCAACUUUAUUGAAAGGCACUGGAGUUCGAUCACAAAUUAUCAAACAAUCUAACAGAGUAUAUUUUAAACUUCCUAAUGACAUUAAAAAAAUAUUGUGUGAUUUUGAGACUGGGAGUGGAAUAAAAGAAUAUAAAAACUUGAUAAGUUUACUUAGAGAAGGUGUUAUAAAGGAUAGUGAUUUAACAGAAUUUCUAAAAGAAGCAAGAGAAUGUGUGUCUUCUUUAGGUAUUGAACAUGAAUUAUUUAUUCAAGCUAUUCUUCAACUAGAAUGGACAAACAGAUCACCAGAAGUUAUUUCUACUUAUAAACAGUUUUUACAAGAUUUAGUAUGUAUGCAGCUCUGCCAUCUGAAAGCUGUGAUAAAUCAUUUAGUUCAAUUAUUUAAGCCUGUGAAAGACAACAAUGUGGAACAUGAAGUGGAAGAAAUAAAACCUGAAGAUAUAGAAAGGCUAAAUCACAUACAUGAUAUAUUACACAAAAUUUUAGAGUUGAUUCCAAUGUCAAGCAAACUUUUGUUACAAUCUCUCGGAUCGCAAUUUCCUUACAUCAAACAUGGCACUUAUACUCAUAAAAUCUAUAUCUUCGCACUAUUGCAUAUACUAAAUUACGCACCUCAAUUCAGAACAGAUAUUUUGUCUUUAAUCAUUAACAGAUUGACAGUUUUGGAUAUCGAUGUACCUCGUAAGAAAAUCACUGACGACGAUGAAGAAGAUGAUAAAAUCGAUGAUAAUAUUGAUAGUAAUAAAACAACUGACGGUGAUGAUGAUCGAAUUAAACUAGAUAUUGAUGCAGACAAAACUAUAAUUGACCAUCCUUCGGCACGUACAUUAGAUACGUGCAUGGAAUUAUUUCUCAAAUACAUGCACGAAUUCUGUUUCGUAAACGAUGAUUUGAAAUUAGGAUCUUUGAGAAUACUUUACAUAGAUAUUCUCCGACUAUUUGAAACUGUAAUAUUAUCUACGCACGUUACUUUAUACGUGCAAUAUAUCAUGUUCUACAUUUGCAGUUUCAAGCCUAUUGUGGCAGAGAAUUUCACAGAUUGGUUGUGGUGUAAAGUAAUCGAUCUGAAUGCAGCACCAGUUUUACGGCAAACAGCUGUUUAUUACAUUUCUAGUUUACUUACUACUGCCUCGUAUGCAUCUCACGAAUUAGUAAGACACACAAUGUCUACAUUAACAAAAUGGUUACACAAUUACAUUGGAAUGCAAGAAUAUUCGGAAUGUGUAAUGAUGACUGACGAUGAUGCGAAAGCACACAUCGUGUUUUAUUCAGUUUGUCAAGCAUUCUUUUAUCUGUUCAACGCAAGAUAUAAAGAAUUUGUCACAUCGAACAAUGGUAUAAUAUUUCUUCAAGAACUCAAUAUAUCAAGCAUCGUUGCUUGUCAAUUAAAUCCUUUACAAAUAUGCACUACCGAAAUUGUCUACGAAUUUGCGAACAUUACGAGCACGUAUCAGUUAGCCUAUUGUUAUACUAUAAUUGAGACCAAUGAGCGCAGUGAACUCCCGAUUUUUGGAAGAAAACGUCGUUUACUCGUUUUACUUCCCAGGUUUUUCCCCUUUGGAUCUUGUUUGCUCCGGCAAAGCAGACAAAGACUAUCUCCCUUAUUUCGCAAUAAUAUAAUGAAUGCCGAAUCAGACAAAUAAAAAUAGUUUGUACACAUUGUAUUAUUCAUAUGUGAUAUGAUUAAUAUAUGUACAUGAAUAAACAAAAUAUAUAUACUAGUAUAUAUAUAUUUAAAUCAAUGUCUGAAAAAGCAAGUGAGUUUUGACUUUUCUCGACUGUGUAAAAAUGGUGUAUGAAAACAAUAGAAGAAAGAUAA